AUGAGUGUUGUCGGCGACACCAGACAAAGUAUCCUAGCAACCAGGAAAGCGAUUCGUUUCGUGAGUUGCUAUGCAUCCAAAUGGCCACGAUUCAUGCAAACGAGCCAGGUUUGGAUCUCAUCGAAUUGGAUCCACCUUCAUUUCCAUAUUCGCGUCCUGUUAGCUGGGAAGCAGUAUUUGCCGGGUACUUAUCAGUAUCAUCUGAAGAAUGGUCUUCGUCCUGCUCGCUUUUCUGGAAAACUCACUUCGCUGAGCGGCACAGGUGAUAUUGGCAUCGCUGAAGAAAGAUUCUCUAUUGCAGUAGUCGCUUCCCAUACGGCAGAUAUGCCAUCAUAUACAAUUAUUUACCUUAGCGACUCUGGGUAUCGGCGACUCUUCAUGGAAAGCGAACGACCUCUAGAUAUGCCGAGUCGGGGAAGAUUUACGGGCGUUGCCGUGUAUCUUAAAGUUCUGCUUUCUGUCCUGCCUAUAUGGAGGCGUAAAUGGAUUGAAACCCUAAACGAAUUUGAUAAUUUGGUUGGGGUGAAGAUCGAUGACCUGUUUGAUCCGAAACGCGAUGGCGCUGCGAUGUUUGACAGUAGCUUUGAGAGGUCUAAGCUUUACUUCACAGUCCUUCAGACAUUGAGGAUAUUCACCGAGUGGAUUCAAGAGAGCGAACGGGAGCUUCAGCAGCUCAAACGAGACUUUGAUAUUAACGUCCAGUCUAACACUGCUCGCCGCAGUUCCAUUGCUUCGAGUCACGGCACAGCGCCUCCAGCUAUGUUCGUGAAGGAAAUUGACGAGGCAUGGGAAGAACUUAUGACUCUGCACAAUUCUUCUUCAAAGUCACUCCUAGAUCGUAUUGAAAAGAAAGAAGUGGAGAUAAAAAGUUUCAGGGAUGGCCUCUUCAGUGCCACUUCAGUACGGGAGGCAUCUCGGGCGACAGCAUUAAACCAAUAUAUCUUGGUUUUUACAAUCGUCACCAUAUUUUAUCUUCCCCUAAGCUACGUUUCGUCCCUGUUUAGUAUGGAUAUAUUUGACUACGACAGCAUUCGUAGCAGUGAAGCUUUAUUCGUCGUCAUCACGAUCACGAUAGCAGUUUCUACCUGGGCAGUGUCGGCUGUAGUCCUCUGGUUAGUUCACGACGAUAGAAGACUGUCUAGGUUCAAAUUACUAUUUAGACGAUUCCGAUGGAAAGCUAUCUAUCCGCCACAGGAGCGCAAAUCAAAAGAAGACGAGCAAAUCCCCAUAUUCCAAGGUGUAUAGAAUAGCACGACCUGCUCAUAAGCAUGCGAUUAACAUAUAGCCAGCAUCAAAAAUAUUAGGCUUGAAGAGAAAUAUUCGCUAAGUUAGUGCUCACUAACGAUUAUCGCGUCCCCGGAUGCUGUGUCUAUGACCCUGUCUACUACUGAAGACUCGGACUCCAAGAGCGAUAUCAGGCAAUUUCUUGUCCCGCUAACUUUAGGCAUUGUUAUUCUUCUCUUAAGGUGCUGCCACUAUCUCAUAUGUGGCGGGCUUGUCCAUUCACUUCAGAUACAGCAGCUGGCGAUCCGUGGAGUUCAUUGUCUGUGUGGUGCAAGGGCUUGGUGCUGUCCAAUACCGGAAGUUCGGAUAGCCGACUUGCUUCAUCCCUUAGAUUCGGGGGUCUCGUUACUGUCUAAUCGCUCU